UAAGGCUUGAGUCACACAGAAAGCACAAAGCUGACCUGCAGAGCCUGACAGGAAAUGGAUGUAACAGUGAUUUUUACACUGUUGUUAAUCUGCUCUCUUACUGAGGCUCAGCUUCAACAACAACCUGAUCCUGACUCAAAUUCAUAUUUGAAGCCAGCAGGUUCACACGUAGAAGCAGGAAAUCCCUCAGAGCACCAACAAACAUGUACACGGGACAUCAGUGCUGUGCUGAGAGAGAUGAGCGCCUCGCUGGCUGGACUGAAGGUGGAGGUGAAGUACUUACAGAAAGAAAAUGAAGCUAAAACACGAGAACUGGAGCUGCAGAAGCAACAGGACCAAGCAAAUGAAAAAGAACUGGAGUUACAAAAGAGAGAGCUGGACAAGUUGAAGCAACAGGACCAAGCAAAUAAAAAAGAACUGGAGCUGCUGAAACAACAGGACCAAGCAAAUAAAAAAGAACUGGAGUUACAAAAGACAGAGCUGGACAAGUUAAAGCAACAGGACCAAGCUCAUGAAGGAGAACUGAUCACCAUUAAAGCCUCCGCAAACAUCACUGAAAACCAAGUGGAGGCUCUGAGGAGAGAAGGAGAAGGUUUGUUAACCCUCUGGAGGCAGAUGUUGCAGAUUUGCAUUGUUAAAACCUACCUACCUGGUUACUCCACAAACGUAUUUCAUGAGCAGUUUUAAACUCAGAAGUAGCCCUGAAGUACUUAGUUGUUCAUCCUUUUAUCAAAACUUAUUUUGAGCCUGAGAGGGUUAAUGUACUGUACAUACAUACUGGUGGUGCUCUCUCUCCGAGUGUGUGUGUGUGUGUGUGUGUGUGUGUGUG